AUGUUCUUUUUAGCAGUCGCUGAGAACUUUGUUGCGCCGCUCUCGACAAGUUCCGAACUUUUUAAGACUAGUGCCACUAGGUAGUGUACUGCAAACCUUCAAGAUCUGUAGAAGGAGAGUCGACAGUUCUUAUGUUCAAGUUAAACCUGGCUGUCUUAGAGGCAAUAAGAAUAAGUAGGCUUCAGUGGCUUGUUUAAGGGAAAUUUAAAGUAGAAGGGUGUACAAUCUCAGUACUUACUGAGUAACAGACGAGAAUUCAAUCUUGGAAGUGCAACUCUGGCUAAGUCUUCACAAGACGUAAAUUCAGAUUCGAUUCUUGUCAUGAAAACGAAUUACUAAGAACUCUUUCCAUCUCCUCCUAAAAUGCUUGCCAGUAGUUCUUGUGGCAAUAUUUUGAUUAAUAUCUCAAUGGUUAGUAGCGGCAGCGUCUGCAGCAAUUGCCUUCGUCGUUCAAUAUCUCUAAUGACCACCACGACACGACCAGUACUCGUCAAUCAUGCGUCUUUGAGAAUCUCUUUGGGCCGAUACAAACCUCGGAGAGUUCGAAAAAGAACAUUGAGAGGGCCGAUAGUGACCUUGAUGGAGUCUCCUCUCGCACAAAUCCAGAGGUGGCCAGAGCUGUCCGUAAACUACUCGUUUGGGAAAACGAGGCGCUCCCUGACUGGUUACUGUCUUAUAUUAUGGAUAUCGAUAGUGGAUCUGGUAGGAAAGAAAGCAUGCUGCCGAAACGAUUCAAAUUUCACGUGAUGGCGAUCUGUGAGAUCAUCAAAGAAAAUAUCAUGUCUAUGAGAUAACAUGAAAGACAGGAUUUGUGCUGAAGAACUCUGAACUUUGUGAUACCAACAGUCAAAGAGUGAAUCCUUACUAAGUAGAAGUGGUUUGAUUGGCCCUCGAGCAUCUCGUCUAAGAAUUUCCAGAUACGACGACAUGGAGUUACGAAAUUCGUUUUUCUAAAGCCUCUCCAUUCAUUGUCUUUCUUUAGUAGAAGGGAUGCAAAUUUUUUUAAGCGGCCUUCUUCUCAUUCGUUAGAAGGGAAGAUGCUAAGAUUUUUGAGCGGCCUUUGUUUCUCUUCUUGUGUUGUAACUUGUAUGCUGUAGCUGUACAGCGGUGCGUAUAUGCUGUACACAUGCAGCAACACUGUCUCUUUGUACACGACUGCGCCAUGGUACUAACCUCCGCUAAGAAUUACGAAUCUUAUAUUCGCAUCUUUGCAACAGCGGCCCGGACGAUUGGGGACGAAGUUGCGUGUAGAAGCACGGAAGAUGAGAGUCUUAAGGUAAAGGUAGUACUUAAUAAGGAGAUAAUUGCCUAACACCGACUCAAGGAUGACUACGAGAUCUCCGCUUCAUACACUGCUGGUAAGACGCCUUUUCUCUAUACUUUCGUUAGGAGCUUGCCUUCAUAUUGAUUUCUAACUCUCUAACUCUAACUCUAAGUUAAAAGAGAAGACGUCUCAAUUUUUGAGCUUCCUUGCAGUUGAUUUCUUUUUCUCAUUCCGUGUUUCUAAUCAUGCAAGGAGAAGCGAGACCAUGAUCUACUACUUGAAGGAGUCCGCUCCUCCCUUGGAUAGGGACCUCGACGUCGAGGGAACUGCUAUCGAGUCUCCAAACACGGCCCUCCAAGCGCUUCGAACGUACGUGGAUCUCAUGGACCAGAUAGUAAGGACUGAACUUGCUUGUCAGCGGCUUGGUAGUGGGUGAAAACUGAUAACGACGGAACUUCCUACUUAUUCUUGUCAGCGGCUUGGUGGUGGGUGAAACUCGUCAACCGCUUGCUACCAUGGCGGUAGGUGGCGCUUGGUGGUAGGCGGCUGUCGCUAUAUGCAGUAUAUAAUAGAAACGUCGUACCACGCAUGUCACGAAUCGGUCUUUGGGAAUUCUUCAUAAGGCCGUGAGAAUUCUUCUUUAUGAUUUUCAAGAAACAGGGAUCUUUCCUAUUAAAGGCGCUUUUAGACCUCAUGAUAAAUCUAAUACUCGUUUACUUGUCGUAAUAAACCCUGUCUUCUAUAUUGUAAUUUCAAAAAAGUGCCAUUGUAUUGUCAAUUGAGAAAUGUCACGAGCAAGGAUGUCGAUGUGUGUCUAUUCUCCCGUUGAUACUCUGCAUAUUCUGAAUAUGAAAGGGCUUUCGCAAGUUGUUUUUAUAAAGAAGAAAGGAGUUCGAUUUUUGAUGAUGAAGUACCCACCCCGCGAAAGGAUCCGCGAACGCCUAAACCCCUACUACUAAGUGUUUUCUCCCAUUUCUAGAGAGGACAACGAUCGCAAGGAUCACUCCCCAUCUUCUUGUCCUUGUAACAGAGACUCUUUUGAAUAAAUCGUGAAU